AUGCGCGGCAAAGACCAUUAUCCCCUGAGUGGGGCUCGGAUGGAGAUCGGCUCGAAGAACUCCACCUUAACCUCCAGUACCUACUGGGGCCAGUUCGAGGAAAUCGGCCAAUACAAUCCCGAGUUCAAUGUGGCCGAACGUCUCUGGGCUGCUUGGUAUGCUUGGAUGCAGAAUGAUGUCCUCGCCACGGGGAUCAUGUCUUUCGCCAUGCACGAGUUGGUCUACUUCGGUCGCUCGCUGCCGUGGAUCUUCAUCGACACCCUCGGUAUCUUCAAUAAUUACAAGAUUCAGAGCGGCAAGAUUCCUUCAUUACGGGAACAGUGGGAAUGCGCUCGAUUCGUGCUCCUGAGUCACUUCACUGUUGAGCUGCCUCAGAUCUGGCUCUUCCACCCUAUGGCUCAAUUCUUCGGUCUUUCUACGUCCGUUCCCUUCCCCUCCGUCUGGACCAUGGCCUAUCAGAUCGCCAUCUUUUUCGUGAUGGAGGACACUUGGCACUACUUCUCUCACCGUGCUCUUCACUGGGGUCCCCUCUACAAAGCCAUCCACAAGAUCCACCAUCAAUACUCUGCACCUUUUGGUUUGGCUGCGGAAUACGCAUCUCCGAUCGAGGUCAUGAUCCUGGGCUUCGGAACCGUCGGUUGCCCCAUCGUAUGGUGUGCGUUCACUGGAGACCUGCACAUCUUGACCAUGUACGUCUGGAUUGUCUUGCGCCUUUUCCAGGCCAUUGAUGCCCACAGCGGCUACGAAUUCCCGUGGAGUCUGCACCACUUCCUUCCCUUCUGGGCUGGUGCUGAUCACCACGACCUCCACCACGAGAAGUUCAUUGGCAACUACUCGAGCAGCUUCCGCUGGUGGGACUUCCUUCUUGACACCGAGUACACUCCCGAUGCCCUGAAGCGUCGCAGGGACAACAAGGCAUCCACCGAGAAGGCUCAGUAA